AUGUCUCAACUGGGCGCAUUGUAUUCGGAAGCCAGCACCUCAGACAUCGAUGUGACUGCAGUACCAGCAACGUAUGUGGAGCCCGAGCUGACAGACCUGGGAAGACUGGUGGCGCAGCUGCCUUUGGAUCCACAACUCGCACGGUUAUUGUUGUUCGGUGUGGUGCUGAGAUGCCUGAAUCCGGUCGUGACACUUGUGGCUGCGCUUUCGCACAGGGAUCCAUUUAUACUGGCGAUGUCCGAGGAACGAGAGCAAUCGAAUCGUCAGCGGGAUAGUUUCGGUAAACGAGACUUCUCUGAUCAUAUCACGCUCAUUAGGGCAUUCAAUGAUUUCAACGAAAAGAGUCCUAAGGAAGCAAUGCUGUUCUGUCGAGCCAAUUAUUUGUCUCUGCCAGCGAUGAGAAUGAUUGCAGGAAUACGUCGCCAGUUGUUGAUCGAGCUACGUCGUGUGCGAAUGAUAUCCUACGACGGCGAUGCGAUGAAUGCGUUACGUGAUGCGACAUACAAUCGCUAUUCCUCGUGUUGGCCCAUGGUCCAAGCAGCAAUCGUUGCUGGUUGCCAUCCUGGUAUCGGUUUUGUUCGAGCUGGUAAUAAGUUGAAGAAGAUCAGAACCAGCACUGAAGCUGCAGCUACCCUUCAUCCGUCGUCAGUGAUAAAGCGACAAGUACUGGCUGCUUCAAAACGUAGUGAGGUCAUCAAUCAGUAUGUUGCAGAGGAUUCCGAAGAUCCCGUAAUUGAAUAUCUUGCGUUCCAUGAACUGGCGAAGAUUGAUGAGGGAUUGACGGCAGACGAAGGCGACGUUGACGAGGAGGCGUUCUCGAGAUGUUGUGGUAUCCCAUCGAGCACUGGAUCGGUGUUCGCAGCUACUUACCCUGUGAGUACUUUGGGAAUUCCGUUUUUUUAUACAGGUCGCUCUAAUGUCGUCUUUGUAUCAUAUUUUUUUUUUUCACAUGUCUUGUGA